AACGGAAGUUUUCAAAAAAUGGUUUAGUCAAAUAUGUACCAGCUUCAGCUUUAUAAAAUUGUGGUUAAAUCGGGAUACUGAACGCUUUUUCCCCAGGCAGGAAUAAUUUAAGAAAGUCCUGUUUCAAUAAAACCUAAUUUAUUUUCAUGUGAAUUAUCUUUCAUUGAAAACAAAUUACUAAUAAUUAAAAUGGCGUGAGAUUUCAGUUGGCACAGUAAGAAUUUUUGCAAGAAUUGACCAAUAUGUUUGCAAUUCUCUCGGGACUCUGUGCCGCUGGGGCUUCGGUUUUUGGCAAAUUAAGCAGUACUGUAGAAUCCCAGGAUGUCCUUGGAUGGACACUAAAGGCUUGUUGUAUUAUUUUUAUGAUUAUCCUCAACACUUUGGUCUGGACAUUCUUUGUAAAAGCACUGCAUUCCGGAAGUGGAGGAAGUGUUGGAGCAACAGUUGUGAGUUCUGGAACCAAUUACUUCACCUCAGCUCUUCUUGGUUGGGUGAUUUUCGGAGAAACUACAUCCCUUUUCUGGUGGUUCGGAACAUCCUUGAUAAUCACAGGAAUAAUUCUCAUUUCCAUCCCCGACAAAAAAGAAAAACAUCAGUAAAAGUGCCUUACGAUUUUUUGCAUCAAGAUUAAAUAUAUUUAAUUUAUUUAAGUAUA